UCGAAAGGAUAUUGCCACAUUUGCUUUGGAUGUUUUACAUUUCUGUUCUAGAAUGAAACAACGGAUUUUCCACUUGGUGUUAAAGACAAAAUAAUGAAAAAAGUGCACCAGUACUCUUGAUAGGACACUGAUUGUGGUGGACGGCAUAGCCAGGCUCAUGUUUUCUCCUGAUCAAGAGAACCAUCCUGCUAAAGCUCCUGUGAAAUAUGGAGAGCUCAUUGUAUUGGGAUACAAUGGCUCUCUGCCAAACGGAGACAGAGGAAGAAGAAAAAGCAGGUUUGCCUUAUUGAAAAGGCUCAAAGCAAAUGGGGUGAAGCCAAGUACUGUUCAUAUUGCCUGUACUCCACAGGCAGCAAAGGCAAUAAGUAACAAGGACCAGCACAGCAUAUCUUAUACUUUGUCACGGGCGCAAACUGUGGUUGUAGAAUACACACAUGAUAGCAACACAGAUAUGUUCCAGAUUGGACGGUCAACAGAAAGCCCGAUUGAUUUUGUGGUAACGGACACUGUUCCAGGAAGCCAGAGUAACUCUGAUACACAGUCUGUUCAGAGCACCAUUUCCAGAUUUGCCUGCAGAAUCAUAUGUGAAAGGAACCCACCAUUUACUGCACGGAUAUAUGCGGCAGGGUUUGACUCCUCCAAAAACAUUUUUCUUGGGGAAAAAGCUGCCAAAUGGAAGACAUUAGAUGGACAGAUGGAUGGGUUGACAACAAAUGGAGUCCUCGUUAUGCAUCCACGCAAUGGAUUCACUGAAGACUCGAAGCCAGGAGUAUGGCGAGAAAUAUCUGUGUGUGGCAAUGUCUUUAGCUUGCGAGAAACUCGAUCGGCUCAACAGAGAGGGAAAAUGGUGGAAAACGAAAGCAAUGAACUUCAGGAUGGUUCCCUGAUUGAUUUAUGUGGUGCAACACUGCUAUGGCGCACUGCAGAAGGCCUUUCCAGAACUCCAACCGUAAAACAUUUGGAAGCCCUGAGACAGGAAAUCAAUGCAGCAAGGCCCCAGUGUCCUGUUGGAUUUAACACACUUGCAUUUCCUAGUAUGAAAAGAAAAGAUGUUGUCGAUGAGAAGCAGCCAUGGGUUUAUCUGAGCUGUGGUCAUGUUCAUGGUUACCACAACUGGGGAAACAAAGAGGAGCGAGAUGGGAAGGACCGGGAGUGUCCUAUGUGCCGCUCAGUGGGGCCGUAUGUUCCUCUUUGGCUAGGUUGUGAAGCUGGAUUUUAUGUUGACGCUGGCCCUCCAACUCAUGCCUUUAGCCCAUGUGGACAUGUGUGUUCCGAAAAGACAACGUCCUAUUGGUCUCAGAUUCCCCUUCCUCACGGUACUCACACCUUCCACGCUGCCUGUCCUUUCUGCGCCCACCAACUUGCAGGAGAACAAGGUUACAUCAGACUCAUUUUCCAGGGGCCUCUAGACUAGUGACUUUUUAGAGUUCAAAACUGUAUAAGCUAAAAAAGGAUUAAUUUGCUUAACCUCAGUCUGGGACGUUCCCAAGACUUUGGUGAGUUUGAGUUAAAGGACACUACUGGCAUUUGCUAGGUUUGCUCUAACACAAAUAUCUUUUUAGGAUGUUCUCCUUUCACAAGCAGACAUUUAAAAAAUGGGAUUUAUGCAGAUAUGAUUUCAAUGCCUUCAUAAUUCUGAAUGACCACCUCAGUAUUAAGUUAUUGUGUGAAACUGGGGAGACUACUGUCAGCUCAAACUACAUUAGUUUACAGUUCAACACUCCUUGUAAAAUAUGGCAUAUAUAUAGUUUUUUUUUUUUUAAUAUAUAAAUUUCUUGUUUAGUAAGGAAAAUGCCCUAGUUAGUUGAAAAAGAACAGUGGUGGUUGUAUAUUGUGGGCUCAAAGUAGCCCAGGGUCACAACAUUAAUGAAACAGAGGUGAGAAGUGUUUUUUUUGUUUGUUGUUUUUUGGCUUUUGUUUCUUUUGGGGGGAGGGGUUCCCUUUUCAUUUUUGUUUUCAGUGAAAGUGCAUAUUUUAUAAGAGUAUAUGAUCAGUUUUGAAGAUGCCUCAUUCUGGUUAGUAAAUAUGCACUACGUUCAGUUUUUUUUUUCUUGACCUCUCUUCCACUCCCGAGUAACUUUCUUUGGAUCAACUUGUGACAUUUCAGGUUUUUAUUUAUCUUGAAAGAUUUUUAAUCAUGUUCAUAUUGUUUAAUGUAAAUUACGUAUAUUUAAUCUGAGGAAUCCAAUUGGUUGGAUAAAACCAGAAGUGACUCCUUCAGAAAACCUUUUUUAUCAGGUGUUGUGUUGUAGAACGUCCAUAGAAGACUUUAAGAUUUUGUUAUUGUAUUGAACACCCAAGCCCAUUACCAUAAACAUUUGAAUAGAUUUAUUCCAGGAGAAAGUCUAUAGGGUUGGAUCUUUCCUUUCCUGCAUGUUUCUCUAAUUGGUAGCAUAGCAUUAGCUUUAAAACAUGUCCGUCGGUCACCUGUCGACAGGUAAAAUACUUUGUAAAAAAAAACAAAC